AUGUCAGCCCUUUCACGACAGAUAAAGUGCGUGGUCGUAGGUGACGGUACAGUUGGAAAAACUUGUAUGCUCAUAUCUUAUACAACAGAUUCCUUUCCGGUUGAGUAUGUACCUACUGUAUUUGACAACUAUUCUUCCCAAAUUACAGUGGACGGUCAAGCAGUAAAUCUUGGUCUUUGGGAUACCGCAGGCCAAGAAGAUUAUGAUCGCCUGCGGCCACUUAGUUAUCCACAAACGGACGUUUUUGUUUUAUGCUUUAGUAUUGUUGCUCCAGUAUCAUUCGAUAAUGUCGUAACAAAAUGGAUUCCUGAGAUCAGGCAUAAUUGCCCAGAUGCUCCUAUACUUUUGAUUGGUGGUACCAAAUUAGAUUUACGUGAUGAAGCCGAAACGGUAAGGAGUCUGAACGCUGAUGGCAAACAUCCGAUAACAAAAAGUCAGGGACAAAAAAUGGCUAGAAGAAUUCGGGCUGUAAAAUACUUAGAAUGCAGCGCCCUUACUCAGCAAGGACUGAAAGCAGUUUUUGACGAGGCUGUUCGUGCGGUUUUAGCACCAAAACCAACCGGGAAGAAGUCUUCGUGUUGCUUGAUUUAG